AUGGAAGCCGCCGGUUUAGCGUCGAGUAUGCUGACGUUCAUCGACGUGUCGUACAAGAUAGCCAAGGGAACUUGCGAGAUUUACGAGUCCGCGACCGGUGCCACAGCCAAAAACAUACAUGUCAGCAAUGUCAUCACCGACCUGCAAAAGUCUGUGGCCAAAUUGGAAACAGUUUCCAAGGGACAUGAUGACGAGUUGUCGAAGUCGUUAGAGCAUUGUCAGGCCUUGGCAGUCGAUCUGUUGAAGCUUCUUGCAGGGCUAGAGAGGCGCGAAAAGAGAGUGUUCGAGAGUUUCAAGGCCGCGAUCGCUGGUGCGCGUAAACAGAAGGAUAUUGCUUCUAUCGAGAAGAUGCUGGAUCAAUACCGGCAACAGAUCAUCCUCCAUGUGUCACUCAAGAUUUACUGGAAGCGGCCUUCAGUCGAUUGCAGUUGCUGA